AAUAACGAUAUGAAACGCAUCCAAACGGAAUACAUGUGCAAAACCCUUCUGCAUCUUGAAACAUAUUGAUUACCAUUCCCUUUGUUGGUCUCAUGCGUGUCGGCACUUUCGUUCAUCCACCACUUGCUUGGACAAUUCUUAGGCGUCGGUGUGCAUGCAUGACUCGAUGACGUCGCCUCUGGUCGCAUUGCACAAUCGCAGACUCUGCACUUCCGGUUGUCUACAGCCAACGGCGGGCAGCGGUUUUCUUCAUUUCCGGAAGUGUUUCCAGAAUAUUGGAAAAGGAAUUGUUGAUACGACAUGCCACCUCCUACCGACCGGAGCCCCGGUACGCGAGCGAGGGAACUUCCGGGGUUCCAAGGUUUCUCGGUACAACAGUGGAGAGUUCUUCCGUACUGCCUCUGCUACAGAGUCUGGUGCAACAACUGAGUAUGCUGGGAAAUCAAAGCCCACGAAGCGGCCUGCUGUCGUUUGACGAAGCCAUGCUUUGGCGCUCGUUCGACCCGCCGUCACGGACAGUACUGCAGACGACAGUCCGUACCUCAGUCGACUUCCUGUUCAGUCGUCUGGAGAAACUGCACAGCCGGAUAUUGGUGUGUCGCGCCUUGGGAUAUUUUACCUUAGCCAAUCACGGAAUCACCGAGGCGGAGCUUGAUGACGUGUUGUCCUGCGAUGAUGACGUAUUAAAUGACGUCUACACCUACUGGACACCGCCCAUGCGCAGACUGCCCCCUCUACUUCUCGUGUGCAUACGGGCGGACAUCGACCAAUAUGUCGUUGAGCACGGUGCAGACGGUGCGCGCGUGUUGAACUGGUACCACCGUCAGUUUACGGAAGCUGCGCACGAGCGCUACUGCGCAGAUUAUGCGCAGAAAAGCGUCUCCAUAGCAACCUAGCUGAUUUCUUCGCGGGAACCUGGGUCAA